AUGCCGACGACGACGGUCACUUUUAGCACGGCAGUUUAUUUCAACUCGCCGUCACGUCCAACCGUGUUUCGAGCCCAAGCCCGGACCGAAUACUGUUUCGGUUUCGGUUUCGGCGGUUCCCUGAACCUCCCCUUUGAUGGUUCAUCCCGCCGCAGGAGAGAACGCUCGAAACGCUCGCACCACCGCCGCAGUCCGGACUCGAGCCGCCGGCGGAACCGGCAUCGGGAGGACAAAUCCUCACGGCGCCACCACAAGGAUCGGGAACGUAAAGAGAGGGAAGAUAGGACCCCAGCCAAGGUUGUCAUCAACCACAGCAGCAGUUGCAGAAUGGAUCGGCAGCAACGGUCGCGGCACCCAUCGGGACCGCCAAAAAGUCGGUCAAGGUCACUAAAAACCCACCAGCAGCAGCAGCAUCAACUGCUGUGGCAACCAGUGCAAACGGCGUCGCCCCUACCCAAGCAAGUCUCGUCGGUGAACAAAACGGCGGCCCAUCACGAUCCCAACCAUGCCAAGCGGUCCAAUUCACCGGUACCUCGUUCUUCGCCUUCUUCCUCGUCCUCCGAGGAAGUCCCCGGAGCUACUGCCGCCGCUAAGCCGGCCCCUCUGGUGUAUUCCAAGCCGGAACUUCCGUUGAUCAAAGGAAGCGGCCCGAACGGAGAACUCACCCUGAAGGACGUUCCCGUGUCGGGAAUCUCCUUCCAGGAAGUGAUCGAUCCGAACCAUGAGGGUCCUCCCAGCACCAAAGUUAUCAUCUACAAGCCGAAGAGCGGCCGAGGUCAACCGACGGCGAAAGUCAUCGUAACCAAGCACACCGGCGCCGGCAGUAAUAACAAUGAUAACAGUGCGAGUACGACUUCGAUGAACAGUGAAAGUUAUUACGGUUCAAGUUCACCGGGGCCGCCCAUUAUGGCAUCCUACCAGCAACUUCCACAGCAGCAGCAUCAGCAACAGCAAAUGACUAGUGAAAGUGAGUAUCCAACACAGCAAACAUAUCAACCGUCGAUGCUCGGAGGUCCCCCGGUGCCACCGAUAAGAAACUAUGAAAAUGUCAUGCUAGCCCAGGCGAAUCCCACCGAUGAGGAGCUCCGGUACAGUGGACUACUCGCCGGAAGUCUCGCUAAUUACAAUGGUACCUACUACAACGGUGAGUUAAUUGACUUGAGUGCAUCCCAGCUGCAUCAGCCGAUGCCGAUACCGAUGGCGGCCUCCGUUGGGCCCCAGCAAUAUCAUCCGCAAGCACCACCUCAGCAGCAUAGCGAUAUGUACAGUGCCGAUAUUGAUUUUAUGAACAAUUAUUUGAAAAGUCUACCCGACUAUGCGUCUGUAGACUGUAGAAGUUCACCGGCGGUGGCGGCGGCGACGGCUCCAACCGGCGGCUGUCCGAAGAGUGAAAACUACCGGCACCAUUACGUCAAUGACCCCUACUUUCAAUAUUACGACAGUGCAACGGCGAUGCAGGGUUACUAUCCGAUCACCAAGUCCAGUUCGUACCACGCGUCGUACCACGGUUCAAUUCCUGUUACUUCCAGUCACUCCGGGACCCCGUCGUCGUCGUCGUUUUCGGCUGCUGGAGGAGCCGGCCAUCAUCAGCCUACGUACUAUCAUCACGUACCGGCGGCGGCGGUGGUGACUCGGAAACCGGCGGCGGCUGCGGCGGCCCACCAAUACCAGUCUCCGUCUUUUCUUCAACAUUCACAUCAUCAUGGCCAUAACCAUCAGCUGCCGCCGCAUCACCACCACCACCAUCACCACAACCAUCCCCAUUCCCAGCAGUACCAUUAUCAACAAAAUCCGCAUUACCAACAGCAGCAACAGCCACGUGCCUCGGCUGAAAGUCGAUAUGGAAACGGUGCCAGCCAGAAUACGACGGCGGCGGCUAAGAAAAACCGAACCCCAUUCAACGAUGCCGCCGCUCCGAAGCAAUCCAGUAUGAGCAAAUUCUGGCAGGAGACAACGUCCAACAAACCGGCCGGCAUCCCAAAGUUCGGUUGGAACUACGAUCGGAUUAUGGCGAAAUCGAAAAAAGACGUCCAGAAUAGUAUCAAUGAGUAUAAGAAAAAUGUUACCAGUCUGCACAAUCUGUACAGCGGUGCGGACGGGGCCGGAGGAUCGUUCGGUAUUCCGGAAGUGAACAAUCACUUCAAGCUACGGAAGAACUAUUCCUAUUCGCACCUGGACAAACACAUCCGGGACCACCUGACGGAGGAAGAGUUCCAGCAGUUGGUCAGUGAAAGUGAAUCCAAACCAAACUUCUACAGCAAUCACUCGUGCAAUUUUGCGAAUCCCCUGUGCAAAAGCUAUUCCAGCGGAGCCAUGAGUUUCGGGCAGCCGGCGUUGCCUCCGGCUCGUCCGCUACCACCGGCGCCACCUCCGGUCCAAACUCUGGCAAAAAGUUCCUCCAAUGCUUCGAUUCUACGGAAACCUUCCAUCACCCUACCGGAUGUGGCAGCAUUCAUCCCUGCGCUGAACCUGGCCAAAAGUUCCUCGUCAUCCUGCAUCUACACCAAAGCCCUCAACCAACCGAACAGCAAAAAAUACAAUCUAUUUACCCCGUACAAAAGUUUCGUCCCGGAACCGAACGGCGCCGCCGGUGACAUCAGUGCGGCCAACAAGUUGAUCUCGAAAAACAAUGCCCUCAUCCAGCAGAAGAGUGCUUCGUUCAAUCCGUUCGGUUGUGGUGGCGGUGGUGGUCCAGCCCCGCGCAAGGGCACCGGUGAAAGUUUCUUCGUUAAACAGCACAUCCCACCGGCCAGUAAAGUCAUCGUCGAUUAUCCGCCGUUCACGAAAAUCUCCUCCAUUCAAAUACCGAUCAAUGGCCAUCUGCCGCCGGCUUUCCCCAGUGCUGCCGUUCUGCGGGAUCGCGUCAGCCAGGACUGUAUCAUCAACAUCGAGGAUAACAUCGAUCAGUGUAUUGCCGAUAUCUACAGUGUCGGUUGUAGUUACGAGCAGGUGCCGGCGGUGGCACCACCAGCGCCUCCGUCACCUGCAGGAGUUUUUAAAAGUUACUCGCAUUCACGACUGAAUCCGGAUGCGAAAAACUUCACACCCAGUCGGUCCCUGUGUGAACAACCACCCGGCGGCACUCAGACCGCCCUGCCGUCGUUGGCUCGAUCGAGUUCCAACAGUUGCAACGUUGCACCCCCAAUCCAAUCCAGUACCAAAGUGGAUCUCAUCUCGAUUAGUUCGAUUUUCAACUCCAACAUCGAAGUCACUCCCACGUACGUCCCGGCCAAAGGCAUUACACUGUCCAAAUCAGCUACGCAGAUCGCUUCCUACGGUGAAGAACCGGAAGAUGAGGACACUAUCGUUCCGACCGGAUCCGACAUCGAUGACGAUGAUGAUGACGUCGUCGGUGACGACGUCGACGACGACGAUGAUGAUGAUGACGACGAGUACGAUCUGAACUAUCUGCGCGACGAAGACCCCGAGGACGUGGUUCGGACGGUGUCCGAAAAAGAAGUAGACGAAGUGGACGAAGGAAUUUUCGAUACCGAUUGUAGCAAUCAGUACUUUAUGGCAUCAUCCAGCGCGAAACCGUCUGACCAAACCACCAAAACUCCACACGGACAACUUCAAUCCGCCGCCGGCAUCCCUCGGAUAUUCACCACCAAUGCGGACAUCUUUCUGGAAGAAACGGACGACGGCCAUCCGAUCGGAUCGGAUUCCACCGAUUCCUGUUCGCCGGAUGUAAGCACCGUCGCUGCUUCGUCCACAACCACAACCACGACCGCGAUGACGGUUUCGGCCGAUGAAAUGGAGCAACUCGGACUCGGACAGGUGUUGAGGGCAACUUGGCUGCUGCUGAUGCUGUUUCAUCAGACCGGACCGGACUUUCACGGAGUGGUAAGCUACCGAUCGCCUUCUCGGCCGUGGUGGUCAGUUCGGAGAAAGGGAGGAAACGAUAUGGCAACCUCAACGUCGGACCUCACCACGAGUGCGACCGCGCCGAGUCGACGCAGAUAUGUGCGCAGCAAUACGUCCAGUGUCACGCAGCUACUGUCCGACAGCUGCAACAGCAUCCUGCAGCGAUUCCGUCGCAAUCCCAGCGAGAAACUCGAGAAGAGAUCACAGUUUCGCUUCAACGAUCUUGCCCCGUCCGCAUCCAGUAGUGCCAUUUUUGGUCGCGAUCGUCUGAGUUCUUCCAGCACCACCACCAGCACCUCCGACUAUGGCAGCCUCGGAUCGUCCAGUGAUUCGGUGCACCGUGCGCCCUAUCAUAGUAGCUUCAACAGUACAGUGAGCUCGUACUACAAACCACUGUUUCGUACGUUCGGCAAAAGAUUUGACACAUCACCGAAACGAGAAACUGAAGAUAAAGACAAAACACCGAUCGUAGCAUCGUCCAAAACUCCAAUCCCGUCCAUCAGCAGUAGGAAUAGCAAUAGCAUCAACAACAACAACAACAGCAGCAGCAGCAGCAGCAGCAGUGGUGCCAAAUCGGCAAGCUCAACGAUCACUCGGCUUGAGUCCAAAUACUGCGAUAUCCUGGAUCGGGUUCACCGCCGCAAAGAGCAGCAAGACAAGGAAGACAAAGAAAAGACACUGGAACCGGAACGGACCCCGACCUUCGGUGGUAUUCGAAGUUUCAACCCGCUGGCGAAAAGUUCCACCACCAGCAGCAUACGGGGCGAUUCGUACUCCGUUGUGAACAAAGAACGCACCCCGUACCGGUUGGCCACCCAGCGGAAUAGGAAUAAGUUUCUGGAAUCGCUCGAAAUGGACUAUUACAAGAAGCGAGCGGAACUCAGCCUGGCCUGUGGUGUCGGAGGUUCCGGUAGUACUGCCACCACUGAUAGUCUGUAUGAGCGCAAUGGCCGGGAACUGAGCAGUACCUCCAAAUACGUCCUGAAACCACGCAGUAAAGACAGCGGGUACUACGACAGCAAAUCACUUGCCACGGCCAGUGGUAAAGAAAAUAUAUUCAAAUCAAAAUACGACCCGGAUGAAUUGCUAUCCGAGCUGAACGGAAGUUCCAUCCUGAAUGGAGCGCCCAACGCUGUCAGGCGGCGUAUCCGACCGUACAAACGUAGUGACACCACGGGAAUAAACUUCCUGCAGCACUCCACCGAAGCCGUUGCCUCCACCAGCACCAGUAACAUUCUGCCGGAACUGUCGGAAAGUUUGUCGGAUCAGGAGCGCAAAAAGCUGCACCGCCGAAGCGGACACCUUCAUCAGUUGCAGCGGUCGGCAACUCAGGGAUUCUUCGAUGCCGACGACAUCUGCACCGUGCCACUGUCCAGCGAUGACGAUGCACCGAGUGACGAUCCGCGUCAGAUCGAACGGGAUUACAAGCGAAAGCAGAUCGAAAGCAUCCUCCAGAAAUACGCUCCACUGGACGAUAAAAAAGCCCGCGAACGCAAGUCUAGGGAGGCAUUCGGUACUACCGUGAAUCCGAUGGCAAGUGAUCACUCGCCGAACGGCGGUGGUGUGCUGCUAGGGCGGAUCAAAUCUCCGAUGCAGCAGCCACUGCAGCUCAGUCACGAUAUGCAACAUCAUCGCCGUAGCAGUCGACGUCAUUACGAUAGUGUCACGGGAUCUGGACUGCAGAAGUCGUUCACCAUGUCGAACGUAUCGUCACACUUGAACGGGAACGGGUUGUACAAUGGGACCGGUUCGAUUCUGGCGAUUCACACUGGAGCGGGAAGCUCAUCCGCGUUGUACAAACCCGCGCAUCCCCUGCUGAUGACAGCGACGACGACCACUAGCUCACGAUCCCGUAUUCCGAAAGCACUGUCCACUUUCAAACAACCAUCCGUGAGGGAUGAUGCUGAUGGGCAUUUGAUUUACCACACUGGCGACAUUCUUCAUAACAGAUAUAAAAUCCUGGCCACCCUAGGCGAAGGCACGUUCGGUCGGGUGGUGAAAGUCAAGGACAUGGAAAUGGAUCACACGAUGGCACUGAAGGUGAUCAAGAACGUUGAGAAGUACCGGGAGGCAGCCAAGCUGGAGAUCAAUGCUUUGGAGAAGAUCGCCGAACAAGAUCCGACCUUUCAGCAUUUAUGCGUUAAAAUGUUGGAUUGGUUCGAUUACCACGGGCACAUGUGUAUCGCGUUCGAAAUGCUGGGACUCAGUGUUUUCGAUUUUCUCAGAGAAAACAACUAUGAACCGUACCCGAUGGAUCACGUGAGACACAUGUCCUAUCAGCUGUGCUAUGCGGUCAAAUUUCUGCACGAUCACAAGCUCACCCAUACUGAUCUGAAACCGGAGAAUAUCCUGUUCGUAGACUCGGAAUUCACCUCGACGUUCAACUCCAGAAAGAACCGUGACGUUCGUCGUGUCAAAUGUACCGACAUUCGGCUGAUUGACUUCGGUAGCGCUACGUUCGACCAUGAGCAUCACAGUACGAUCGUGUCCACCCGUCACUACCGGGCACCCGAAGUAAUCCUAGAACUCGGCUGGUCGCAACCAUGCGACGUCUGGUCGAUAGGAUGCAUCAUGUUUGAGCUGUACCUGGGCAUUACGCUAUUCCAAACUCAUGACAACAGAGAACAUCUCGCUAUGAUGGAGCGUAUACUGGGUACAAUUCCAUACCGGAUGGCCAGAAAAACUCGUACCAAAUACUUCCACCACGGCAAGCUUGAUUGGGACGAGAAAUCGUCUGCCGGGCGGUACGUGCGUGAUCACUGCAAGCCACUGCACCGGUACGUGCUGGCGGAGACACCCGAUCACCUGCAGCUGUUCGACAUCAUCCGGCGCAUGUUGGAGUACGAUCCGGCCAACCGAAUCACAUUGGGUGAAGCCCUCCGGCAUCCGUUCUUCGCCAAGCUCCCGACAGCGCAGCGCCUGCACGAAAAAUGUAAUGAAAAUUCCGGCUCGGCCAGUAGUAGCCGGGAGCGUUCCCACAGUUUAUCUAGAUGAAAUUCGGAACGAUUUGAUUAUUAUUAAUUAAUAAUAUUACGGUUGUUGUUUAGCAAAGAAACGAAAAACAGAAUAACUACUAGUACUACUACUACUACUACUACCACUACAACUACAACCACGGCCAAUGAGCGCAGCUGAGACAGUAUGAACAAAUUGGCUACAUUAUCAUGCACAUACACGCACACAAAGAAAAACAUUCACACAAACAUCUGCCCGUUAGCCUCUCUUUUUUUCCGUUCUGUUUUCUUUUUAUAUAUUGGUAGUUUUUCACUAUUGCGUUAGAAAAAAAAAAGAGUGACAGUCAUUGAGAAUAGCUCAGAACAAAGCUAAUCCACAUCCUACAAUCGCCUAAGUUUAAGAGAUUAAGUAGUGUAGUAAAUUGUAAAUCUUGUUCUCCAUAUAUUAUUUUAAAAGCAUAGUUUGCAAUCAAACCUAUGGUGUCCAAAUGCAGCAGAGGAAAUCCUAUUUGUAGUAUCAACUAAAAGGGAAAUUAUUUUGAUAAUCAAUUUUAUACGAACCCCCCCGUUGCGGUGAAGAACAGCAACCGGAAAUUUUCAUCAGUUAGUUUCCGCCAAUAAAAACGAAAUUAAUCUACUCGCAAA